CAUGUGAUGUCGUUGAUUAAUUGGCAUUAUUCAACUGCAAAAUUAAUCGGUUUCUGAUUCAAAAAAAUCUGAAUAUGUCUAUCAUUCUUCGAACAAUUCAAAGAGCUCAUAGAUUGAAACCCAAAUUUUCUUCACCUUGUUCUGUAAUUAGAGGUAGUGGUUUCGGUAAUAGAAGUUACGUUGCAGAGGCAGUUACCAAAUCACCCUUUGAAUCCAACGUUUUGCGAAUACUCCGAAACGAGAUCGAGUAUCAAGUUGAUUCCGCUCCUCCACACCAGCCUGAGACUCAAUUCAAGUCGUUUACUGUUGAAGAGCGACCUGGUGAACAGGUGGUUACGAUUCAGGGAAAAUAUGGGGACAAUGAACAUAUCAAAAUUGAUGCUACAAUGUUUGAUGGGUUUGAACAGGUUCCUGCACUUGGUGAUGACAGUUCAGAUGUAAAUGUGCGUCUUCACAUCAGUUUACUCGUGGAUAUAUCGAAAGGGAAAGAUGGUGAUGGAUUAGCAUUUGUUUGCUCGGCAUGGCCGGAUGGUGUGGAUGUUGAGAAAGUUUUCAUAUUAAAGCAUGGUCAGAUGCCGACUAGGCCUUACCUUGGACCUCAUUUCAGGAGCCUGAAGCCUAAGAUUCAGGAGAAGUUUUGCGAGUACUUGGACACCAGGGGAAUAAAUAAUGAACUCUCUGUUUUUUUACAUCAAUAUAUAACGAACAAGGAUAGAAUUGAACUUCUAAGGUGGAUGGAUCGUCUCAAGUCUUUUGUGGAAAAAUAGUCUGGCUAAAAUAAGCAAAGCUUCUUCUGAGGGUGUUACCUUGUCCAAAUGAACGCAGAUUUAUUUGUAGACGUAGUUGCGAACUUCAAAUUGGGCUGUGUCUACCUUGAAACUGUUUGAGUUCUUGUUAGGACUUGCAUUUGCUACACAAGUUAGUUAUUUUCUUGUGUAGUGACCGUUUAGAACAUCUGCAAGAAGCCAACUAAAGUGCGACUACUUGAAAGCUUGAGUUUGUAGUUUUACAAAAUUCAUGGUCGCAGCACAUUGGCAUGCGAUAAACGUCAUGGGAACAAAUAUAUCCAAACAGGCUAGUAAUAGUAUGAUAACAUUUUCCGUUUAGGUGUAAAAUUAUAGCUUGAGGUUGAAUCUUGUGACAUGGUGUAUGGUUUAACCCGAGUUUUCAUGAGAUCCACAUGAAACUGCCUUGUCUUAUUUUUUAACAUAUUUUCAAAGUAUAGAAUAGAUCAAAUUCUAUGGA